AUGGAAAACAGAGCUUUUCAUGCUGGUAUCAAGCAAUCACCUUAUGAGCUACUUUUUGGGUGUAAAGUAAAAGUAGGUCUACAGUUACCCAAUGAUUUCACGCAAAACGUUGACACUGAAGAAGAUUUAGAAAAAAUCAUACAAGAAGUUACUAAGAAUGAAGAGGAUCCCAAAGUCUCCGCAAGUGAGCUCUCUAAGGAGAACACGCAGACAAGCCAAGUUUCUAACAAAGAUUCAGAUCAAAGCGAAACAAAACCACAAACUCCACCUUGCGUGCUUCAAAAUCAAUAUAGCGUCUGUUCACAAGAAACUACAGGAGUUCAUAUAUGCAGAGAAUGCGAUUGUGCAAUCCACUCAAUUUGGGCUGCUGCUGAAGAAUCACCCGAUGAAGGAUAUGGUUCUAAAGUUCUGUGCUCAUUGUGUUCAAAGAAUUUAAAAACACUAGAAAUUCGUCCAAGUGCUAAGAUAAACUUACAACAACAGGCCGAAAAAAUUAUGAAAUCCAGUGAAAAGAAGUUUCCUCCAAUACCUAUUAGCACUUCUGUACGAAUUGCAGUACUAGAGGUUGACAGAGGACGUGGUGAUGCCCGAAAUAUUAUAGGCGUAGUCUUGGCUAAAACUGAUGAUGAGCUCUAUCAAAUUGGUACAAAUAAUGGAAUGAUAAAACAAUUGUAUUCAAGAUCUCAGAUUAAUGUUUGCCCGAGAGUUGUUCUUGAUGUUAAGAAUGUACCGAGUACGGAAAUUGCACUACGUUCAGUUGCAAAUCUAAAAUCCAUUGGAACUGGCCAAGGGUUUAAAAAGUGCCUUUGCAAGAAGAACUGUAGUAUAGCAAGAUGUAUGUGCUAUAAAAAUAAACUAUUGCGUACUUCCAAGUGCCAUUCCAGCUUGCCCUGCAAAAAUAAAUAG